GGGAGCAGCUGGGGGAAACUUCCCUUAGCCUCCCUCUCACCUCCCUUGACUUGAAUGGAGUUUUGAGUAGUCCUUUCUGCUCUCCUCAGCUUUGCUGGACAAAGCCCGAAGCUGAAUCCACAACUGGUGACACUGACGCAAUAGUGAUAGACUUGAGAGGAAGAUUUUCAGGGGGCAGAAUGGACACAUUCAGGCAAAGAAAGUGAAAUUGUCCAGACUUCUGACAGACCACAUCGCGCAUCUGGGGUGCGGCCCCUGCAUAACUGGUUCCUAUCCCACCCUCAGUGCCUCAGGCACCACUAGUUCCUCCUCCUACCCUCCUGUCCGGGAGCAAAGAGCACCCCCUUGGGCCCCCCCACUUCAUAUUCCCCACCAGCAUUCCAGCUGAAAUCAGCCACGCUUUGUCAAACAGAGAGGCACACGCAUUCAGAACCUUCACUGGCUCCGGUUUCCAGCCUCCGAGGGCUCCAUGCCAGACAGACCGAGCAUGCGGGCCACACUUGCCAUGACAGCCUGGAUGGUUUCCUUAGUUUCCAGCUAUGAAAACACAGCAAUUAGUUUGCCAGGUGUCGAAAAUGAAGAUUUCAUCAAAGACUGUGUUCGAUUUCAUAACAAGUUCCGAUCAGAAGUGAAUCCAACAGCCAGUGAUAUGCUAUACAUGACUUGGGACCCAGCACUAGCGCGAGUUGCACAAACAUGGGCAAGAAACUGUCAGUUUGUACACAACGUUCAGCUGCAUUCAAGCUACAAGCUACAUCCAAAUUUCUCCUCUCUGGGAGAAAACAUCUGGGCUGGGUCUCUAUCCCUGUUUUCUGCAUCUUCAGCCAUCACAAACUGGUACGAUGAAGUUCAAUACUACGACUUCAGGACUCAGAAAUGCACCAAAGUCUGUGGCCAUUACACUCAGGUUGUUUGGGCGGCUAGUUACAAAGUGGGCUGUGCAGUACAGUAUUGUCCCAGCGUUCAUGGCACCAGUAUUUCCCACGGCGCGCUUUUCAUAUGCAACUACGGACCAGGACAAUACAGAAGUUGGCCAUACAGAGAAGGGUCCACCUGCAGUGCCUGCCCCAAUGAUGACAAGUGUUUGGAUAAUCUCUGCAUUAACCCACAACGAGACAAAGUCACACGUUACUACUCUAUUGUGUAUCCUGACUGGCCAGUAUCUGUGCGCAACAGGAACUUAUCUCUCUUUCUCAUUGUUAGUCCACCAAUCCUAAUACUGGGUGUCAUAAUGACCAUUUGGGUCAAGCACAGAUACCCUCAGUUCUUUUGAACUAAAUCCAGAAAAAAACCGCAACUCAUUCAUGUAUGGCUU